AUGACGCCUCCAUGCCGGAGAGGGCAACCUCGUGUUGGCGCCCUCUGCCUUCUGUGCCUUCUUCUCGGAGCUGCGCUGCCGGCCUCCGCUCCGCCCCUCUGGUGGCGGAAGGGUCGACCUCGGGAGAAGUUGGGGAGCAGGGCUGAGGCAGAGCUCCUUUGCCAGCUGGCCGUGCUGCUGAUGCCGGAUGUCCCCAUUGCCGAGGGUUUCCGUGAUUUUCCGGUGAAAAAAUGCAAACAGUGGGGCUCUAGCAGACUGUCCCCGGAUUUGACGGCUUACGGUGUGCUGAAAGCAACCGAUGCUGCCCUGUUCAUCGAGUACGAUGGCCACUAUCGUCACAUAGAGCCACCGGGGCUGGCCAGGGACACGCGGAAGACCAGCGCGCUGCUGAAGUUCGCUCCCGCGGGGUCUGUCGUCGUCCGCAUCGCGCACAAGGAGCGACGUUGGAAGGACAAGUCCAUGCAGGUGCUGGUGGACAGCUGGUGUGCUGAGCACGAGCCUUCGCUUCUCAAGGCCCUCAAUCAGGUCGUGGCUUCUCUUUCGGAGCAGUCCCGUGGCAGGCUGCAUCCCACGGUAGCUUCACGCCUGGAAGCCUUCGCUGCAGAGGAAGGCAUCAACGAGGAUGCAAGUACCCGAGCCAGAAAGUCUGAGUUGGUUGGGAGGUCAAACAGCAGCAGGCCAAAUUUGGAAGAGUUUCUUUGCGAGGAAGUAGGUUUGCAUACUCGGCACGUUGCCAGAGUGAUCGCGACCUUUCCCAGAUUGCUUGGCUACAGCAUUGAGGCAAAUCUGAAGCCAACAGUCGAAUGGAUCAAAGCGCUGGGCCUGAGCCAGUCGCAGGUUGCCAAGGUCAUCCUCGGACAUCCGCAAGUGCUUGGCUACAGCAUUGAGGCAAAUCUGAAGCCAACAGUCGAAUGGAUCAAAGCGCUGGGCCUGAGCCAGUCGCAGGUUGCCAAGGUCAUCCUCGGACAUCCGCAAGUUGCCAAGGUCAUCGCGAUGUUUCCGCCAGUGCUUGGCUUGAGCAUUGAGGUUGCCAAGGUUAUCGCGACCUUUCCCUCAGUGCUUGGCUACAGCAUUGAGGCAAAUCUGAAGCCAACAGUCGAAUGGAUCAAAGGGCUGGGCCUGAGCCAGUCGCAGGUUGCCAAGGUCAUCCUCGGACAUCCGCAAGUUGCCAAGGUCAUCGCGAUGUUUCCGCCAGUGCUUGGCUUGAGCAUUGAGGUUGCCAAGGUUAUCGCGACCUUUCCCUCAGUGCUUGGCUACAGCAUUGAGGCAAAUCUGAAGCCAACAGUCGAAUGGAUCAAAGGGCUGGGCCUGAGCCAGUCGCAGGUUGCCAAGGUCAUCCUCGGACAUCCGCAAGUGCUUGGCUACAGCAUUGAGGCAAAUCUGAAGCCAACAGUCGAAUGGAUCAAGGGGCUGGGCCUGAGCCAGUCGCAGGUUGCCAAGGUGAUCGCGACAUCUCCUCAACUGCUUGGCUUGAGCAUUGAGGCAAAUCUGAAGCCAAGUGUCGAAUGGAUCAAGGGGCUGGGCCUGAGCCAGUCGCAGGUUGCCAAGGUUAUCGCGACCUUUCCCUCAGUGCUUGGCUUGAGCAUUGAGGGGAAUCUGAAGCCAACCGUCGAGUGGAUCAAGGGCCUGGGCUUGGGCCAGUCGCAGGUUGCCAAGGUGAUCGCGAAGUGUCCUUCAGUGCUUAGCUUGAGCAUAGAGGCAAAUCUGAAGCCAACAGUAGGAUGGAUCGAAGGGCUGGGCCUGAGCCAGUCGCAGGUUUCCAAGGUGAUCGCGACAUGUCCCCCAGUGCUUGGCUACAGCAUUGAGGCAAAUCUGAAGCCAACAGUCGAAUGGAUCAAAGGGCUGGGCCUGAGCCAGCCCCAGGUUGCCAAAGUUAUCGCGAUCUUUCCAACAGUGCUUGGCUACAGUAUUGAGGCAAAUCUGAAGCCCACAGUCGAAUGGAUCAAAGGGCUGGGCCUGAGCCAGUCGCAGGUUGCCAAAGUUAUCGCGAUCUUUCCAGCAGUGCUUGGCUGCAGCAUUGAGGAAAAUCUGAAGCUAACAGUCGAGUGGAUCAAGGGGUUGGGCUUGAGCCAGUCGCAGGUUGCCAAGGUGAUCUUGCAGCGUCCUCAAGUGCUUGGCUUGAGCAUAGAGGCAAAUCUGAAGCCAAGUGUCGAAUGGAUCAAGGGGCUGGGCCUGAGCCAGUCGCAGGUUGCCAAGGUGAUCGCGAAGUUUCCUCCAGUGCUUGGCUUGAGCAUCGACGCGAAUCUCUCAGAGAAGCACCUUCUGCUGCAGCAAUACUUUCCUGGAGUGCAGGCAGCAAAGGUGCUGGCGCAAGGCCAGACGGCGCUGUCCCUGGCAUCGAACAAGAAGGUCAUCAGCAUACUCCAGGAGGCUCCGAAGGCUGAGGUGGAGCUUCUCUCGCAGCUGGCAGUGCUGCUCAUGCCGGAUGCGCCCAUUUCCGAGGCUUUUCGUGACUUUCCGGUGAAGAAAUGCACGGAGUGGGGUUCAAGCCGACUGUGCCCGGAUUUGACAGCUUACGGUGUGCUGAAAGCAGCGAAUGCUGCAUUGUUCGUCGAGUACGAUGGCCAUUACCGGCACAUGGAGCCAUCAGGCUUGGCAACGGACAUUCGCAAGACCAGUGCGCUGCUGAAAUUCGCUCCUGCGGGAUCUGUCGUACUGCGCAUCGCGCACAAGGAGCGCCAGUGGAAGGACAAGUCUGUGCAAGUGUUGGUGGAUUGCUGGCAGUCCGAACACCUGCCCUCCCUGCGCAGGACGGUGCAGCAAGUCGUGGCCUCUUUGCUGCCUUUGUGUCGUGACGAGCUGGUGUCUGGGCUCGUUUCACAGCUGGCACGUGCCCCACCGCAAAUCGACAGGCACGCACAAGCCUUUGCAGUGGACGCCGAGUUGGUGGGCAGUGCGUCUAGCAGCAACAGACUAGCAGUUCAAGAGUUCCUCCAGAAGGAGAUGCAGCUGACACCAGUCCAAGUUGCCAAGUUGAUUGAUAGUUUUCCUUCAGUGCUUGGCUGCAACGUUGAGGCAAAUCUGAAGCCAACAGUCGAAUGGGUCAAAGGGUUGGGCCUAAGCCAAUCGCAAGUUGCCACGCUGAUCCUCAGACAUCCGCAAUUGCUUGGCUUGAGCAUUGAGGUUGCCAAGGUGAUCCUCGGACGUCCACAAACGCUUGGCUACAGCCUUGAGGCAAAUCUGAAGCCAACAGUCGAAUGGAUCAAGGGCUUGGGCCUGAGCCAGUCGCAGGUUGCCAAGGUGAUCUUGCGGCGUCCUCAAGUGCUUGGCUUGAGCAUUGAGGCAAAUCUGAAGCCAAGUGUCGAAUGGAUCAAGGGGCUGGGCCUGAGCCAGUCGCAGAUUGCCAGGGUGAUCGCGACAUUUCCCCCAGUGCUUGGCUUGAGCAUUGAGGCGAAUUUGAAACCAAAAGUCGGCUGGUUCAAAUGGUUGGGCCUGAGCCAGUCGCAGGUUGCCAAGGUCAUCGCGACUUUUCCACAAGUGCUUGGUUUGAGUAUCGAGGCAAACUUAAUGCUAAAGUAUGUUCUAAUUCAGAAUUUCUUCCCGGGGGCAGCUGCAACAGAGCUUCUGGCGAGAUUACCGUCAGCUUUUCAAGUUGGCCAGCGCCAUGGCUUUGGGGUCAGAUGCCUUCAACCGCAGAUUCCCAAGUUCGCCGGGGCCAAGAUCGAGGUCGCCCUGCUCCCGGCCGAGCCGACUACGAGUUCGGCGGCGUCGCCGAAGCGGAAGCCGGCGGCGAAGGGCAAAGCCAAGGCAAAGCCCUUCGCCACGACCUUCGCCACGGCCAGCCUCAGCAACCAAAUCAGCAUGUUUUCGGACUACGCCGGGCUAAGCCCAGAGCGGCGCCCAGCAUCUGCUCCCAAAGGGAACAUGAGGUCUCCAUGCCGGAGAGGGCAGCGGCAGCCUCGUGUUAGCGCCCUCCGCCUGCUGUGCCUUCUUCUCGGAGCUGCGCUGCCGGCCUCCGUUCCGCCCCCCUGGUGGCGGAAGGGUCGACCUCGGGAGAAGUUGGGGAGCAGGGCUGAGGCAGAGCUCCUUUGCCAGCUGGCCGUGCUACUGAUGCCGGAUGUCCCCUUUGCCGAGGCUUUCCGUGAUUUUCCGGUGAAAAAAUGCAAACAGUGGGGCUCUAGCAGAUUGUCCCCGGAUUUGACAGCUUACGGUGUGCUGAAAGCAACCGAUGCUGCCCUGUUCAUCGAGUACGAUGGCCAUUAUCGUCACAUGGAGCCACCAGGCCUGGCCAGGGACAUGCGGAAGACCAGUGCGCUCCUGGAGUUCGCUCCUGCGGGGUCUGUCGUAGUCCGCAUCGCGCACAAGGAGCGGCAGUGGAAGGACAAAUCCACGCAAGUAGUGGUGGACAGCUGGUUUUCUGAGCACGAGCCUUCGCUCCUGAAGGCGCUUAAUCAGGUCGCUGCUUCUCUUUUGCAUCAGUCCCGUGGCAGGCUGCAUCCCACACUAGUUUCACGCCUGGAAUCCUUUGCUGCGGAGGAAGGCAUCAACGACGAUGCAAGUACCCGCGCUAAAGAGGUUGACUUGGUGGGCAUGUCAGACAGCAGCAGGCCGAAUUUGGAAGAGUUUCUUCGCAAGGAAGUAGGUUUGAGUACUUGGCAGGUUGCCGAGGUGAUCGCGAAAUGUCCUCAAGUGCUUGGCUACAGCAUUGAGGCAAAUCUGAAGCCAACAGUCGAAUGGAUCAAAGGGUUGGGCAUGAGCCAGUCGCAGGUUGCCAAGGUGAUAGCAGCCUUUCCCGCAGUGCUUGGCUUGAGCAUUGAGGCAAAUCUGAAGCCGACGGUCGAAUGGAUGAAGGGGCUGGGCCUGAGCCAGUCGCAGGUUGCCAAGAUAAUAGCGACCUUUCCUCAAGUGCUUGGCUUGAGCAGUGAGGAAAAUCUGAAGCCGACAGUCGACUGGAUCAACAGCUUGGGCCUGAGCCAGUCGCAGGUUGCCAAGGUGAUCGUCAAACAUCCGCAAGUGCUGGGCUUGAGCAUUGAAGCAAAUCUGAAGCCAACAGUCGACUGGGUCAAGGGGCUGGGCCUGAGCCAGUCGCAGGUUGCCAAGAUAAUAGCGACCUUUCCUCAAGUGCUUGGCUACAGCAUUGAGGCAAAUCUGAAGCCAACAGUCGAAUGGAUCAAGGGGUUGGGCAUGAGCCAGUCGCAGGUUGCCAAGGUGAUCCUCAGACACCCGCAAGUGCUUGGCUUGAGCAUUGAAGCAAAUCUGAAGCCAAGUGUCGAAUGGAUCAAGGGGCUGGGCCUGAGCCAGUCGCAGGUUGCCAAGGUGAUCGCAAGGUUUCCGUCAGUGCUUGGGUACAGCAUUGAGGCGAAUCAGAAGCCAACCGUCAAGUGGAUCAAGGGGUUGGGCCUGAGCCAGUCGCAGGUUGCCAAGGUGAUCGUCAAACAUCCGCCAGUGCUUGGUUACAGCCUUCAGGCAAAUCUGAAGCCGACCGUCGAGUGGAUCAAAGGACUGGGCCUGAGCCCGUCGCAGGUUGCCAAGGUGAUAGCAGCCUUUCCCGCAGUGCUUGGCUACAGCAUUGAGGCAAAUCUGAAGCCGACGGUCGAAUGGAUGAAGGGGCUGGGCCUGAGCCAGUCGCAGGUUGCCAAGGUAAUCCCUAACUUUCCCCAAGUGCUUAGCUUGAGCAUCGACAUGAAUCUCUCAAUGAAGCACCUUCUGCUGCAGCGAUACUUUCCUGGAGUGCAGGCGGCAAAGUUGCUGGCGCAAACACCUCGCCUUUGGAGCUACAGGUAUGCUCGACUUGAACAUCGUCUUGCCGUCCUGAAAGCACAAGGCCAGCUCUCCAAACUUGCGAGUGCCAUGACUCUUCCCCUGGAUGUAUUUACUCGCAGAAGGUUUCAGGCUGACCCCUUGCUGCUCAAGGAACUGGACAUGGGCGCCUCGCCCUUGCACCUGGCGGCGCAGCUGGGGAAGCCGGAGCUGGUGAGCCUCCUGCUGGAGCUCGAGGGCCAGACGGCGCUGUCCCUGGCAUCGAACAAGAAGGUCAUCAGCAUACUCCAGGAGGCUCCGAAGCCUGGGAUGCUGCAGAUUGAGAGGCAGGAGACCAGAGCCUGCCGGCUACAUCAGCACCUUUACGCUUAA